AUGAAUUCAUACCAAACCGAUUUUUUUUCCCUUUGUAUUUUCUCUUAUUCUUUAUUUCUUUGUCAUUUUUCUUAUUCUUUGUCUACUAUCUUUUCAUCUUUCCUCUCAUUCGUUCGAUACACUUAUCUUUGUUCUUCUUUUUUUCCUGUCAUCGUUUUCUUUCUCCAUUCUUUUUUUUUUAUUUUAACUCGAUUCUUCACCCAUCCGAUCUUUCUGACUUUCUUUAAAAUUUCUUUCACUUUCUUUUUUUCUUUCUUCCUUUUACUUUCUUUCUUUCUUUCUUUCUUUCUUUCUUUCGUCACUCUCUUUUUUUCUGUCUUUAUUUCCGUCACGCUUUUUUUCUUCCUUUCCUUCUUUAUUUUCAAUCUGUAUAUUUCUUUUCCUUACUUUUUUUUUUAUUUAUUUAAAUCUAUUCAUUCGUUUUCUCCGGAUACACAUGCUCAGAUUACGCUUCAUUCUUUUUUUCUUUCUUCCUUUUUCUUUCUUUCUUUCUUUCUUUUUUCUUUCUUUCUUUCUUUCUUUCUGUCUUUCUUUCUUUUCGUCCUCUUUCCCAACCCACUGAUUCUUUUUUUUUUUAAUUUUAUUCUUUUCUUCUUGCCUACACUAAAUAAUUUCAUUCAAAUUUUGUUCUUUUUUCCACAUCAUUCAUCAAUUCUUUCUUUCUUUCUUUCUUUCUUUCUUUCUUUCUUUCUUUCUGUCUUUCUUUCUUUUCGUCCUCUUUCCCAACCCACUGAUUCUUUUUUUUUCAUAAUUCUUAUUCUUUCUUCUUGCCUACACUAA